AUGGACGGGGCCCAGACCUGCCUGAAGGACCCCGACAACCCAACAGCAGAACCCCGCAAAUUCGCGUUUGAUUAUUCAUACUGGUCUCAUGAUCAAUACACAGAGAAUAGCAAUGGUUAUUUGGAGCCAUCCGGGAAAAAAUACGCUGACCAGAAAAAAGUAUUUGAUGAUUUGGGGCGUGGUGUUCUGGAAAAUGCCUGGAAAGGUUACAAUUGUUCCCUGUUUGCUUACGGCCAGACCGGGAGUGGGAAGUCUUACUCAAUGGUGGGGUAUGGUAACAACAAGGGAAUUGUCCCCCUUGCUUGUGAAGAGCUGUUUAAUGUGAUUGAGAAGAAGAGAAGUACGGCAGGUAAGGAUGAGGAAUAUCAGGUGACAUUGAGCAUGCUUGAGAUCUACAAUGAGCAGGUGAGAGACUUGCUCAACCUCAAAAAGGUUCCUAAAGGUGGACUCAAGGUCAGACAACAUCCAACCAAGGGAUUUUAUGUUGAGUCUUUGACCUCUUGCCCUGUGAACAGCUACAGGGACAUUGAUGCUAAGAUUGCCCAGGGUACUCACAACAGGACUGUGGCAUCUACCAACAUGAACGCCACCAGCAGUCGUGCUCACACUAUUGUGGCUGUGACCUUCACACAGAAGACGGCCAAUGAGGCAGGAGAAAACAUGACGCGUACCUCCAUCAUCAACUUGGUGGAUUUGGCUGGCAGCGAACGAGCCGCAUCUACUGGAGCAACUGGAGACCGACUGAAGGAAGGCUCAUCCAUUAACCAAUCACUGAGCACCCUUGGUAAUGUCAUCAAAGCCCUGGCAGAUAUCUCGGGCGGGAAGAAGAAAGUUAUCGUGCCGUAUCGAAACUCGGUUUUGACUCGUCUAUUACAGAACGCUCUUGGGGGUAACAGUAAGACAAUUAUGAUUGCUGCCUUAAGUCCGGCUGAUAUUAACUAUGAGGAGACUCUGUCCACUCUGAGGUUUGCCGACAGGGCUAAGGCCAUAAAGACAACGGCCGUGGUGAAUGAAAGUCCAACAGACAAGCUGAUACGGGAACUCAAGGAGGAAAACGCACGGCUGCUGAACAUGCUCAAGUCAGGGGGCGGGGCUGCGAUCAUGAACGACCAAUCACAGGGAGGCUACACUAAAGAAGAGGUUGAGGAGAUGAAACGAACACUGGAAGAAGAGAUGAGAAAAAGUCAACAGGAAGUGGAAGAGAUGAAGAAAACAUGGCAACAGAGGCUGGCAGAGGCAGAAGCUGAUACUCUGGCCAAGGUGGAAGAGGAGCGUAAGGUGAUGGAGCAGAGGAAGGUGACCCCUCACCUGUGGAACCUUAACGAGGACCCCUCCCUCACAGCCAUGGUCAUCCACUUCUGUCAGCCAGGUGUGUCCACAGUAGGGAACGGUAACUCCAGCACUCCGCCAGAGAUUCUGAUGAAAGGAUUAAGCAUACAACCAAACCACGCCACCCUGACAAAUAAGGAUGGAGUGAUCACUCUCAACCCCUCCCCAGGGGCCAAAGUCCUCGUUAACGGGGCUGUGCUGAAGCAGGAUACCAUUCUACAUCAUAAUGACAGGGUGAUGUUCGGCUCCAAUCACCUGUACGUGUUCCACCACCCUGCGGAUGAGGCGCAAAAAUUGAAGGCGGGGCAGAAGGUUGACACGCCCACUUUUGAUUUGGCCCAGGAAGAAAUCGCUGAGAGUGCUGGGUUUGCUAAUCUGUUGGGCCAUGAGGGCGGUAAAUCCAAAGCUGACAUGCUUCUGAUGGAUGACCUUGUGCAGACAUUACCCAUGGUGAAUGAAGCAAACGCGAUGUCGGAGGAGCUGAACAAGAAAGUGAAGUUUGAAGUGGCCCUGGUGUCUCCCCAGUCCCGAGGGCUCACAGAUGGACGGACUGAGGUUAUGGUGACGAUGAAACAGUUAACAACAGGUAACUCUUGGAUGUGGGACCGGAACAAGUUCAUCAACCGGAAGUACCUGAUGCAGGAAAUGUACCAGAAUUAUGUGGAAGGAGACGCAGACUGGGAUUUACCAAAGGAGAAGGAUCCUUUCUGGGAGCCGGCUGACGCAGAGAUCCUCAUUGGAACGGUUCACCUGUACCUCCAGUCCCUGGCUUACCUCAUAGAGCUGGAGGAUAACCUGGUCAUCUCUGACUACAAGGGCAACGAGAAAGGCCGCCUCAUGGUAGCUGCAAUUCCGUGCACCCCAAAAUGGCAAGAGAUUAAAGAUGACUUUGUGGAGGAUCCCAAAGAACUGUUAAAAAUGAAGCAGCUGAACAUCCUGCUGAAGAUUCAGGCUGCCAAAGGACUUCCUGCCAAUAUCAGCUCCGGUUUCUGUCAGUUCAAGUUUUACAUGGAUAAAGAUUUCACCAAGACAUCUGAGGUAAAAGGAACCAUCAACCAGGACUACAACUACAGCGGCAAAUUUACCUUCAAACCAGUCACUAAACAGGCAGUAGACUACCUGGACCAAUCAGCCCUCCACCUGGAGGUUUGGGGACGACAGAAAGAGACAGGCUUCGGGCUGGGCAAGGACGUGGCUAAGCUGACCACCAAGGAGCUGAUGACCAGGGACAAGUCCUCUCCAGUCAGCCACAAGAGCCCUGCUAAGGUCAAGCAGGACUCUGCUGAUGGACAAGAGGAAGAAGCUGCGGUAAGGAAGAUAGUCGGCAUGCUUACCUGUGUGUGA